AAUUGAAAUCUGUUGUGGUAUUUGAUAUUUAUCAUGUUAUUUUUUAAAAGUUAAUUUAUCAGCUUUUUAUUCAAAUAAUUGAAAAAAAUAUAUAUUGUUGUGUUCAGAAGAAAAUAUUUCCUUUCAUGUUCAUUAAAUUUUGAGGAUGUUCCUUCACUGUGCUUUAUGAUAAGUAUUCUCCAUUACAGUUUGGAAGCUUUCUGAAUACAGUUAUACAUUUAAAAACUUCAAAGUGAAGGAUUUUAGCCAAAAUGGAUGUACAUGCCAAACAGAGAGAAUUAUUUUUUAAUAAUCUGUUAAUCCUUGAAUUUGACAAAUCAGCAGUGGAAAAUGAAUACAGAGUAAAAUGUGACAAAGAUAUGUUUUCUUUGCCCAAUCAAAAGAUGUUUGAAGUUGUAACUCACUUUUUAUUUGAAAAGUUGAAUGAGGUAUCUGAAAAAGAAUACAACCUUCCUUGGCCAUUAAUGGAUAAAGAACAACGUAGGCAGUUUCAAAAGACUUCUGUCAAUUACUUAUCAAGCAUAGCCCAGGAAAGCAAUGUGAAAUUUCCUCGCGUUGUAUUAUCAGUGAUUUCUACUUUUGGUGGUGAUCGUUUUUAUGAACUUUACCUAUCUUUUUCUUCACAUGUAGUAGAGAAAAACAUUAGAAGAAAUGACAAUGUUUCAUUGAUCUUGAGACCUUCAAUUUCAAAACAUAACAGCCAAGAUGCUGUUGAAACUCUGAGAAUUGCUACCAUGCUGUCUGGAGAAAAAUUACAAGAAAUUCAAGACUUUUCACUUAAAAGUUUUGAAUUAUAUUUAAGAACUUCAAAUAAUUUUAUUGCACAUAUCCAAAAGCUGAAAUCAAGUUUAGCGACAAAUUCUUCACUGCUGAAAGAGAAGAACAAGUUCCUUGAGUCUUCAUUUUUUUGUGAAUCUGUUGUAAAUGGGAAAUCAUUACAAUACAGCAUAGAAAAAAUAUUUGAGAAUGCAAAAAAGACUAGGAAAUAUUGGAAACAACUCCAGAUUUUCCUUGAUAAGGAGAAACAGUUCUGGGAAUACUUAUUCCCCAUUAUUAAAGAAAAUCCCGAAAUGUUUUUGUUAGAUGGAGCACAACUUAAACUUGAUAUCGGUGACUUUAUCAAAGAACAAUGCUCAGAAUUAAAUGAGAUGGGCUCUGUAGAAACAAAAGAAGAAAAAGUUAGCUUAUUGAAAUAUUUAAAUAUAUAUUAUAUCUUUUUGAAAUUGUAUGAAAAAACAUUUUUGAAAGGUGAUCUUUUACAAAUCAAAGAAUUAUCAAAUGUUCAGAAAAUUUGGAGUUUUGAAAGUAAUAUAAAUGAAUUAAAAACACUACAUGAAAAACUCUUAGCUACUGUUCUUAAUAUAAAAGAAAAUAAUAAAAUGCUGGAAGAUAGGUUAUUUCUUGAAGAAAUUUCUGAAGAUCUACAGAUUUUCACUAAGGAAUGUUCAUCUUGGAAUUUUAGCUCCAAAAGCUUUCAAGACGAAAUUAACACCAGCAGGCUAAUAUAUACUGAUAACAUAACAGAUGAUGUUUUAAAGACAAGUCUAUUUACAAAUGAUUCUGGUUUGGAAAGCGGUAAUUGGAAAAUUGAAGAUACCACAUUGAGCUCAAGUGACUCUAGUUCAGCCAGACACAGUAAUUUUGAGGGUGAAAGUGUCUCUCUUGCAUCAGUAAUUGAACCUGCGAAACCAUCACAGACCUUUGCUAUUGAUGAAUUUAGUUCUUUUAAUCAAAUAAUGCAGACAAAUAUAUUAAGUACUCGUGGAAAAAAGAAACUAAAAUCAGAAAUUACUUUAGGUCCAGAUUUGGUCCAGACUUCUACAAUCAAUACAGAAAAGGCUGUUCCAAAACAAUCUUCAUUAAAUGCAACAGGAUUAGUCUUUGAUAUAGAUUUAGAUUAUCACAAAACUCGCAACAUCAGGGAAAGCUGGCUGUUGGAAGAAUCCUUGGAUUCUGUUACACUACCUGAAACUUCAUUUUUGGAUUAAACUUUUGCAAUAAAAAUGUCUGAUUGGUUUUAGUGUGCCAUGAAAAAAAUGCCACCAUAUUGUAAAUAAUGUAUAAUGUGUAAUGUAGUUUUAAUACUUUUAUUCACCAUGUGAAUUAAAAUGUACAUAUGGGGAAAUAAUUUUCUGUAACAUAUGUGUCUAGUCUCUUAAAAUAAAAUAUUUU